GCAUACGAUAUUCAAUAACGUGUCUGGGUUAUACCACGAGCGGUAGGAUCAUGGUUAUUUAUAGAGAAAAGAGAGGAUCCCUGUGCAUACAUGUAUUCGAAAGACGUCGUCAAGGCACCAUCUACAGUAUAGAUUACAAACCACUAUUAAACUGAUAGCUCGCCUGUAUCAUGGAUGAAGUGACGUGUUUUCAAAUUACCUAGAUCAGCAGCUGAUUUUGGAACACAUACUAUCGUAAUAUAGAUAUCAUCACAACUAUAUACCGUCCUCAACAUGGGUGUGGGUGAGCGAAGAGGAGGACGCCGAGCUGGAGGUCAUCGACGUGCAAAUCAUCGCCAUAAUCAUCACAAUCACCACCAUAAUCACCAUCGUCAUAUUCAUCAUCAAUGUCGGCUUCAUGGUGGGAUUCAUGGUAAUCGUCGUAUGUUUCGGGGUCCCGGCCUUUCUACUUUCGGCUGGAGACGCCGAGGUGGUAAUCGAGGUGGUAACCAAGGGGGGCCGCCGGUGGCCGUCACCCCGGUGCACUGCGUCAGCCUUAUGAUGCUUAUCAUGCUUGGCAUGUUCGGUUUUAUUGCAGGGAUGACAUUGGCCAAUAUUGGAGGAUGGUUAGCUAGUUCUGUUGGUAUUGCGGGCAUGGUUGUUCUCCUCAUCAGUGCCAUCUUGCUCAUCAUCGUCAUCGUCCUCCGAUGUCACAUGCAGAAAUUGUCUCCGCAGCCAGCGGUAGGGAUGGAGGCCGGGACAUUGAACCCUAAUAUGACAGUAUCCAAUGUAACUUUACAAGGAGGAAGCGCCACAGUUUCACAAGUCGGUGAGACGACAUCCUAUAUCAUCCAAACAGGUGUGAUGCAGCCUGGAGGAGUUGCCAUGGGAACACAGCCAGGGUAUCCUGGAGGCCCCGCCCAGCCUUAUCCUCCACCUUCACAGAACUACCCAGUCGCACCGUAUCCUCCCUAUCCGAACGGAGCUGCCCAGUACCCACCCCCUACCAACCCACCAGCGGCAUCCAUGCCUUACCCCCAACCGGGAGCCGCGCCGCCGGUAAACUACGCGGUCCCUUACCCUGCGCAGCCAUCGGCUAACAGUCAUAUGGGCGUGGUCAAUCCGACCUCCCAGGGGAACGACAUCGUCCCGCCCCCAUCAUAUAAUGACGUCAUGACUGGUAAUGUAACAUACGAUGAGGGCCAGGGAAUGAACCCGGGAAGUGGACCAACUUAGCUGAACUUUCAAAUGCUUUGCAAUCAGGCGAUCCAAUCUUUGGAAUUUUGUAAACUUUUUUCCUGAUAUAGGGUAGUAAUUCUACUGGAAUUCGUAGAGGUGUCGUGGACGAGUGGAUAUGUCACCGGACUGUGGAUCACAAGGUUCGCGGUUCAAGUCCCACUG